UUACAAUUCGGCGGCAAAUUAAAAUCAAGUAACCACAUUUGAUUCGAGUAGAACAAGAUUAAGAUAAUAGCAUUUGGCACCCCAAUUUAAAUGUAUUUAUUUCACAAUGACAACCAUUAUUUCUCCACUUGAUAAGCUACCAAGCAGACAGGAAGCUGCUAUUCUUAUAAUUGGUGCAGAAGGAGUAGGAAAGCACAAUCUGGCAUUAUCAAUAGUUAAUGUUAGUGCACCAUUUGCAGUUCAAUGUCGAAUUGCAACAGAGUUGCCACUUACAAAUGAAAAUAGUGAUACGCGUCCUCGCAUUGAUUUUCUGUGCUACGUCUUGAGUCAAGCUAACAAAAGCAGUGUACAGACUGUAAAAGAUGCUUUCACUAAAGUUGAUGUCAGGUAUUUUAUUGGAAGGUCUUGUUUGGUGGUCUGUAGAGGUAAAGAUACAUCCAAAUGGAGCGUAGAUGCAGAAAUGAUCAGUCAGCUAACUGACAACUUUGACCUACCUGUAUUAUUUGUGGAUAUCGAGUGUCCCAAUGAUCGUUCAGUUCUUGCCAACAGAAUUCUUUCAAUGCUGGAGGUUGCUGCCGGAUUCAAGAAGAAUGUUUCUCCACUGCUGUUUGACGCAACAAGAAUGAACUAUGAAAUGACAUUAUAGCGAAUAACCCCAGCUGAUGUGAAUUUAUAAUAAUCCAAAAACUUUAGACCAGUGUUCGAAAUAAGCACUUGUAUGUUUGUCCUGACAAGUGAAUAGAUGUUUGGACAAGCAAAGUGUACCUCAUUGGUUGUCCAGUGGACAAGUGAAAAUGUUCAGUGCAGUUUUAUUUUGAGGAAUCUAAAACAUUGUUCUCGCACUUGAAUAAAACAAACCACUUAUUUGGACAAGUGAAAAUAUUGACUGACAAGUAGAUUUCUACAUGUACUUCUCCUGUGGACUAGUGAAAAUUUCUGCUUAAUUCCAUAGCUGUAGACUAAUCCAAGUUGAGGGGCUAGAGCAAAGCACCAGCCAUGCAUAUAUCCCUAUCAAUUUAAGUGCUAAGCACUGCAACCUUUACUUGGAAGAAAUGUUGCAUUCAGUGUUUUUUUUAUUUAAUAUAUCCACUUGGCAGUGUUUAAAAACA